CCUCCUUCCACUAAGGGGGCUUAGGCAAUGGCCUAGUGGAAGGGCCGGCCACUCUAUCUAGAAAUGAGAAACUCUAUAAUAAGUAACUUCUCAGUCUUCACUCUUCAGAAAGAAUAGAGUAAUAGUAAUAGUAAUAGUAAUAGUACUAGUACUAAUGGAAGGAUCUCCCUGGUUUAAUUUUGCACUUUUAUUCGUCUUCUUACUUGUAGUAUCAAAGUUUGUCUUCAAAAGACGUGCAAACCCAAGAAACCUCCCUCCAAGCCCACCUGCCCUACCUAUUAUAGGUCAUCUCCAUCUGCUUAAAGAACCCCUUCACCGAACUCUGCAUGAACUCUCUGAGAAAUAUGGCCAGAUCUUAUUUCUCCGAUGUGGGACGCGUAAAGUCCUUGUAAUCUCAUCACCUUCAGCCGUAGAAGAAUGCUUCACAAAGAAAGACAUCAUCUUUGCAAACCGCCCUCGCAUGCUAGCCGGGAAGCACCUUAAUUACAACUACAAAACAAUAGGGUUCUCCUCCUAUGGUGACCACUGGCGAAACCUCAGGCGCCUCACAACCCUAGAGCUCUUCUCUACUAGCCGCCUCGCCACGUUUACCAGCGUUCGCCAAGACGAGGUUAGACUAUUGGUGAAGCAACUGUUUCAAGACUCCUCUAGAGAGAAACCAACAAAGGUUGAGCUGAGACCAAAGCUUUUGGAUCUUAAUUUCAAUAUCAUGCUGAGGACAAUUGCUGGGAAGCGAUAUUAUGGGAAGGAAGUGGUGGACCAAGAAGCCAAGCAGUUUCAGAUUAUCAUGAAGGAGGUGACAGAGCUUCUAGGGAGUUCAAAUUUAAAUGAUUUUUUGCCAGUGUUACAAUGGGUGGAUUUUCAAGGGUUGGAGAAGAGGAUGGUGAUUUUAAAGAAGAAAAUGGACAGGUUCUUCCAAAAUCUCGUUGAUGAGCACAAGCGAAUGAGAGGUAGUACUUCUAGUCAAAGUGUUAAUGAAGUGACAAAGAUGACAUUAAUUGAUGUUAUGUUAUCACUGCAAGAGAUAGAACCAGAAUUCUACACCGACGAAGUUAUCAAAAGUGUUAUACUGGCAACGCUACUUGCUGGGACUGAAACUUCAUCAACAACCAUGGAAUGGGCACUCUCACUUCUUCUUAAGCAUCCAGAAACAAUGCACAAGGCUUGGGCUGAGAUAAACACAAAUGUUGGACAAGCCCGCUUUUUGGAUGAAUCAGACUUAACAAAGCUGAACUACCUACAAAAUGUGAUUGACGAGACUCUUAGGCUAUUCCCACCAGCCCCACUUCUUAUACCACAUGAAUCAUCUGAAGAAUGCACUGUUAGUGGUUUUCAUGUGGAACAAGGCACAAUGUUACUAGUCAACUUGUGGACCAUUCACAGAGACCCUAAGCUGUGGGUUGAACCAGAAAGGUUUAGGCCAGAGAGAUUUGAAGGUGUAGAGGCUGAAGGGUAUCACUAUCAACUACUUCCAUUUGGUGUAGGAAGGAGAGCUUGUCCUGGAGCUGCUCUAGGUAGACGAGUUAUAGGGUUGGCAUUAGGAGCACUGAUUCAGUGUUUCGAGUGGGACAAGAUUGGUGAGAGUGAAAUCAACAUGUUGGAGGAAGCAGGGAUUGUCAUACCCAGAGCUGAGCCAUUGGAAGCUCUGUGCAAACCACGCCAAACUAUGAUCAACCUCCUCUAUGAUUUGUGAAUUCUAUAUAUAACUAUGCAAUUUCCUAAUAUCAUGUAUUAUGCAAAGCACUUUGGUAUAGGCAUAUGAGAACGGUCUGAAUCUCCUUUGUUAUAUGGUUGAUUAUUAGAACAAAUAAGAAUUUUAUAGGAACAA